AUGGAAAUACUCUAAUUAUUUUGCUGUUUUUAAAGCAGAAGCGGAGAAAAAUAAAAUGAUUAGGAGAGGCCUUUAAAAAAACAAAUUAAAGAGGAAGAGAAUAAGCAAAGAAAUUAAAAUGUGAUUAUAGUUCCAUUAGACUACUAAAAUUACUAUUCUUCAAAAAUUUAGAAUCAAUUUAAUAAUCAAGAAAGCAAUGAAAUAAGUAAUUGGAAUAAGGAAUGCAUAGAAUAAAAAUUUGAUAGAUAUCAAUUGUAAUUAAAGAACUAGGAUUAUGAUAAUCUAAUAAUUUAUAUUAACAUUUUGUAUUAUUAUUGUGAAAAGAGUUUAAAAUAAGAUGUGAAUCAACUCAAUAAUUAUGAAUGUAAAGGUAAAUUGUACUAAACUGAAUAUGAUUAAAAUAAUAAUCCAAAAUUUAGAUUAGAAGAAGGAAAUUUUUUGAUAAAUUUACAAUAAAAGACUUUCUAAAAAUAAGGAAGUGGAGAUUAAAAUGAAAUAGAUGAAAACAUUGUUUCAAAUAACAUAAUAGUAUACCCUAUUUUAGAUAAUAAUAUCUCUAAAAAUCAUAUAAUACCAAUUAAGAUAAUAGAUUAAGAAACAAAUAAAUAAAUAAAUAAUUAAGUAUAUAAUAGAUAGAUUGAUAAAAAAUAGCAAAAUUAAAAAAUUUGGUGUAAGUACAAUUAAUAAUUGUCAACUAAUGAUUUGAAUAUAUUAGAAAAUAAGAAGUGGAUGACCAGUAGUAUUAUUGAUAGUUAUGUUCUUUAUCUUAAUCAAUCUAGCGAUAGGGAAUAUUUUUAAUUAUCAAAAAAUUAGAGAAAGACCUUAAAAAGAACUCUAUUUUUCCCUUCAAGUUUAACUACAAAUUUUGGAGAGUAUUAAACAGAAGAUAAAGUAAGAAGCUUAUUUGAAUAAGAAAUGCCUAAAUUUAAGGAUGUUAAAUUUGAUCUUUCUAAAAUUUAUCGUUACAUAGGAUUUCCAAUCAAUAGAAGAAAUCGUCAUUGGUUUUUUGUUUUAUUUGAUUUAACUAAAUAAGAAGUCUUUGUUUUUGAUUCUUUAAAUAAAUCUCAAUUAGUGUAGGAUGAUAAAUUAAUAAAUACAAUUGCAGAAAUAUUUCAAUUAAAUUCAGUAUAAAUUAAAGAGCAUUAAUAUUCUGGUCAAUAAAAAGACAGUUAUUCAUGUGGAUAUCGUGUUUGUAGUAUUAUGAAAUUCUGGUAUGAAAAAUAAUUACAUCAAAAUACUUAAUAUCAAUAUUAUGAAGAUAAGAUGAUUAGUGAAUUAUAGAAAUUAAUAAAAGAAUUAUGA